UCACUGGCCCGCACUGUUCUCUUGGGUAAGAGUGGCCAACAGUUGAUGGAAGCUUCUGCGAUGAGAGGUGCUGGGCGACCCGUUUUGUGCAAGGAUAACCCUACAAGUCACAUUUGCUGAAAACAGACCCUGGUGGCAUGAAGCUCUUUAGAAUUCGACAGGUCAGACCAAGUGCAGGGUGAAAGAGACACAGAGAGAGGAGGAAGGAGAGAGAACUCGCAACUUUCUAGCCAGUUGGCAGAUAGAGCGAGUCCCCGAGACAGAGGGCGGGCGCAUGCGUGAAGCGCCGGAGCCCUCGGCUGGGAACAGCGCUUCUGACCGCACCGCCGCCCGGAAUGGCCAGCGUGGGUCCGGGCUGCUCAGGUCCAGUGUGGUCGUGAGAGUCUGAGCUCCGCUCCUGGCUGUCCUGAGCUGCCCCAGCAUGCCCGGUCCCCAGGCUCCGAGAGCACCCCCAGGGAAAAGCCGUGAUGGGGUCCCCGCUGCAAAAAGCAUGCUCGGGAGCCUGGCCCAGCACUGCCCCUCAGUGCCAGCAACCGGACUGGGCAAGAUUUUCAGCAAGGCAUGGCUACCCACCAGGAAAGGCCUGGCGUCCGCCAUGUCCCUCCAGCAGCUGGACCUGCCCACCCAGCAGAGAGAGUCUAUCCUCCAGAGCCCCGUGGUACUGAUUCAGGGCCCCAAGACCAAGGAGAGGCAUUUCUUCCUCUUCAGGGACUGGCUGGUCGUCGCCAAGCAGAGGUCUUCCACGAGCUACAGAUUCGAACAGAAGCUGCCGCUGUCUGAGCUGGGGGUGGUCUCCUGUGACAGCGAGGAAGAGCUGGACAAAGAUGAGGCUGCCCGCCUCACCCCCAGGGGAGGAAACACCGUCUUCUUUACGAUGGCCUCGAAGCCUUGUGUCACCGAGUUUCCUUCACGGGAGGUAAAAGAAGUCUGGCUGGAGGCCCUCCGGGGACAGAGCCAAGGCCACACAGGAGCAAAAUUCACCACUAAACCGUCAGCCCGAACUCCAAUGAAGCUGACAAGCAGCUGCCAUGCUUCAAAAACACUAAAUGCCUGUGAUAUGGAGACAUUAAUUGAAUGUCAAUCAGAGGGUAAUAUCAAGGAACAUCCUCUGUUGGCAUCAUGUGAGAGUGAAGAUAAUAUUUGCCAGCUAAUUGAAAUCAAGAAGAGAAAGAAGGUGUCUAACUGGCUCUUUCUCAUGAGAAGGCUUUCUUCUUCAUCAGAUGUUUCUGCAGCUUCGGAGCCAGAAUUGAAGACAUCCCUUUUCGAGCAGCCCUUGUCAGCCAUCUGCAGUGACAACACGCUCCCGGGACCCAUUCAGGAUAUUCUCACUAUUCUAUGCCUUAAAGGCCCUUCCACUGAAGGAAUAUUCAGGAAAGCAGCCAAUGAGAAAGCCCGCAAGGAGCUGAAGGAGGAGCUCAACUCCGGAAGCGUGGUGGACCUGAAAAGCCUCCCAGUGCACCUCCUGGCCGUGGUCCUCAAGGACUUCCUCAGAAGUAUUCCGCUGAAGCUCCUGUCCUGUGACCUGUUUGAGGAGUGGAUGGGCGCCCUGGCCAAGCAGAGCGAGGAGGACCGGAUCGAGGCGCUGAAACAUGUUGCAGACAAGCUCCCGCGGCCCAACCACCUGCUGCUCAAGCAUCUGGUGUCCGUGCUCCACGUGAUCAGCAAGAACUCUGAGGUCAACCGGAUGGACGCCAGCAAUCUCGCCAUCUGCAUCGGGCCCAACGUGCUGAGCCCGGAAAACGAGCACAACCUAUCGCUGGAAGCCCGGAGAGACCUGAACGAUAAGGUUAAGACACUGGUGGAAUUCCUCAUCGAUAACUGCUUUGAAAUAUUUGGGGAAGACUUUCCAGCACAUUCCAGAAUUGCUUCUGAUGAGUCCCUGGAACACACAGACAGUUCAGACAUGUCGACCCUGCAGAAUGACUCGGCCUACGACAGCAACGACCCUGACCACGACGUGGAGCCUGCGGGCUCCCCAGGCUCGCAGCCCCCAGAGCUCCCAGAGCUGGCUGCUGGCCGCUCAGAGCCCAGAGCCCCACUGCGCCCUUGGGAGCCCGUGGUCAGCACCACGGCCAGACUGAAGGGCUUCCUCGGCCAAGUGGACAGGAGGUACUCGGAUCCCAGCGCCGCAUCCUCCCCGGAGUGCCUCGACGUCAGAAGAGCAAACCCGAAACUCACGCGAAGCGAGGACGACUUCACCGCGGUGGCCCAGGCCGCCUCCCGCUUUGCCGGCGAGGAAGCCGAGGACCCGUUUCCCGAGGAGGUGUUUCCUGCAGCCGAAGGCCGGGCGCAGAGGCCCCGGGACCUGGGGGAGCGGAGCCCAACUCAGGACUCGGCGUCACCGUGCGCACGGGUCCCCAAAGCCUCCUCCAGUGGCUCCCUGGACGCUUUCUCCGACAGCUCGCCCCUGGCCUCUCCUUCCAGCCCCAAAAGAAACUUCUUCACGCGACACCAGUCUUUCAGCAAGGCUGAGAAAAGCAAGCCCAACCGAGAAAUUAAAAAGCACUCCAUGUCAUUCUCCUUCGCCUCCCACCAAAGAGUGCUGACCAAGACGCGCAGCUUUGGAGCCGCGAAGCCCAAGGGCUGCCCCCGAGACCCAGAGAAGCGAGGUUCCAAGAAAGAAAGCCAGCUUGCCGGCCGGAUCGUCCAGGAAAGCUCGUCGGACGCCCCCGGCCGAGCCGCGCUGGGCUUUAACUCGGGGGCCUACACCCUCUCGGUGGAGGAUGUGUUCCAGCUGGUGGAUCAGAGGCACCCCGGCCGCCCCCCGUCUUACGAGGAGGCCGUGCGGCUCCAGGCGCUGGAGCUCGCCCCGCGCGGGGGCCAGACGGUGGGCAGCCUGCGGGCCCGUGUGCUGAGCCUGGACGCGGGGCUGCUGCCUCCGCUCCCCACCCGCCCCCGCGGGGACUCGACAAACAGCCACGGGCCGGAGCCCCUGGACGGGCUCCGACGGGGGCCAGGGACCGAGCCCUGGAGGCAGAGCUGGAUCGACUGCGCCCCUGGGGCCGCGGCAGGACAGGUGACGGUCCCCAGGACACCCGAGCUGCAGAGGCUGAGAAGCGCCUCCGAGUCGCAGCAGAAGGGCAGGCAGGCUCUGCUGGCCCGGCGGUGUAGCCAGCCCGUGUUUGACGCUGAGCAGCUCCGAUUUGCCAAGGAAUCCUACAUCUAGCGCUCCAGGCCCUUCCGUACACAAUGAGAACUGCCUUUAGACUCUUGUUUUCCAAAAAGUCGUGAAUAAGCUGCUCUGGCAAGUUGUGUUUGAGACCUCCUCCAAGAGGACAGCCACACAACUUCACACCGGCACUCCAUGCGCCUGAUUUGUACAACACGUAGCACAUGUAUAAAACGCAUCCCAGACAAGGCACUGGGUACAUGUAUGCAGAUAUGUGUGUAUAUAUUUGUUUCUGAACUUGUGCCAAACUGCAUUGCUGUUCUUUGCCUCCUGAAGUUUUUUUGUUUUGUUUUGUUUUAGUGGUUAGUGUCUAAACAUAAUGUUUUCUUUUCUUGGCAUUGCUUCAAAGGGCAUGCCAAGUUUCAUAUUUUCCACGAACUCCAUUUAGGAGAAAAUGUCUAAGUCUCUGUUAGGAGUUUCCUCUAAUAAGCCGCUUUGUGAUAACUAAUCACCUCAGUAGGAUGAAAGGAACAGACUAUAAGGAAUAGAGUUCAGUGUUUGGAGUUAUCAAAGGGCAUUAUAAACUCCAACAAAAAAAAAAAAAAAAGGUUGUUAACAAUGCAUGAAAAAUACUUCAAUGUGUCCUUUAACUGUCUAAUUUGAAAUUUGGGUAAGUUAGUUAAAAUGCAUUAUAUUAUGCAUCAUUAACUGAUGUCAAGCACUUUGAGUUUCUUUGUAGUUCAAUGGUGUCUUCUCCGAUAGUGUGGAGGAAAUUACUUCAUACGCAUCGGGGCGGUCGUAUGUAAAACUUCAAUAUUAUCUCACUACAAUAAAUUGCCUUCCUUAUUUCAAAGUAAA